UCUUGAAAUUUCUCCGUCUCCAGAAGCUCUCGUCACAUAGAGAGAGAAUUGAACCAGUCUUCUCUCUGUUUUUCUUCCAUGUGAAUUCAAAGCUUUGCAAGUCAUAGUCCACUCGCAGACGUAUAAAUGCGGUAUUUUCUUUGAUAUUUGCAGAUAUUUCUGCGUGUGAAUCGGAAAUGCCGAGCAUAACGGUGAAGCUAUACAGCGUCUUGUUCAAAUUCUUCCUCAAGCGCAAGUUACAAGCUCUGCUUGAAUCUCAUACUCGGAACCCAUAUGGUGUUGUUUCGCGGCCGGAUGAGGCCGUUGCUGCCGCGAACCCAUGUUUUUCCGAUGACGGUGUUGCCACUAAGGACCUCCACAUCGACCCCGCGACUUCCCUUUCGCUGCGGAUUUUCCUCCCUGAUUCAGCCAUAAUUUCGGGUAAAUCAGUUCCGGAUCUUAGAGUCAGGGUUCCGAUGAGCAGGAGUUUGAAGAAAGUUUCGGAUAAUGGGGUUGUUUAUGGUGGGUACUCGCCUGAGAAAAACGGGCGGAAUUGCCGGAAAUUGCCCGUUAUUUUGCAGUUCCACGGUGGAGGGUGGGUAAGCGGUGGAAGUGAUACGGUAGCGAACGAUGUGUUUUGCAGGAGGAUAGCGAAAUUGUGCGACGCGGUGGUGGUUGCAGUGGGGUAUAGGUUGGCGCCGGAAAGUAGGUAUCCAGCUGCUUUUGAUGAUGGGGUGAAAGUCCUGAAUUGGUUGGGGAAGCAGGCGAAUUUGGCUGAGUGUGAUCGGUCUUGGGCGAAUGGGAGAGUUGGAGGUAUAGGGGGAGAAGAUGGGGGGAGAAGACAGAUUGUUGAUGGAUUUGGGGCGUCGAUGGUUGAGCCGUGGUUGGCAGCUCAUGGAGAUCCAUCUAGGUGUGUUCUUCUUGGAGCCAGCUGUGGUGCAAAUAUUGCUAACUAUGUUGCACGGUAUGCGGUCGAGGCAGGCAAGCGUCUAGACCCCGUAAGAGUGGUGGCUCAAGUCCUCAUGUACCCUUUCUUCAUUGGAAGCAUUCCCACACCUUCUGAGAUCAAACUAUGUAAUUCUUAUCUCUAUGACAAAUCUAUGUCUUUGCUCGCGUGGAAACUCUUCCUACCAGAAGACAAAUUAAACUUGGACCACCCAGCCGGCAACCCUUUCAACCCUGUACGGGAAGUACCCCUGAAACUCAUGCCACCAACACUGACAGUUGUGGCUGAGCACGAUUGGAUGCGUGACCGUGCUAUUUUAUACUCAGAGGAGCUUCGAAAGGCUAAAAUAGAUGCCCCCCUUCUUGAUUACAAGGACACAAUUCAUGAAUUUGCGACCCUUGAUGCGCUUCUCAAGACCCCUGAAGCCCAAGCUUGCUCUGAGGACAUUGCUAUAUGGGUGAAGAAAUAUAUAUCUCUGAGAGGUCAUGAGUUUUCUUAUUGAGUGAAUUGGAACAGAGAAACUCCAUUUUGUGGUGGUACGAUUUGUAGAAGCGCAGACAACUCCCCACUCUCUUCAAACUGGGAAGCUAUUAGUGUCGGUGACAUCAUUUGGAGUAAAUUUUGGUGGGCUCGGCCAUGGGAUUCUGUGUAGUGGCUGAGAUAUAUGGAAAGGACUGAGAAAUUUGUGCAAACUCUGGUAUACAGGUUGAGGUAGUGGAGUUUUUCCUUUUUUUCCUGUAUUUUUUUCCUGUAAGAUAGAUAAUGCUAGUGUAUAUUAUGAUGUUGGUCUCCGAAAAUCUGGAAGCCAGUUUUCCUGAUUGAAGACCGAGAGUCAUCGGUUUUACAAUUUAUUCUUUUUGACACUGAGCUCUCUUUUUGUACAGGAACAAGAGAAUAAAUGUGUAAUUUUUUGUAACUUGAUUAUCAUCUGUAUGAAAAUUUGACCGUUUUAAAGGAUCAUGAUGGAUUUUAUUGAAGUCA